AUGAGGUCGUUCAACGUGGAGAAAAGAUGGAUGUUUCCUCUUAUAAUAAGCUCACUUGUGUUUAUUUUCCUUCUUGUUACCUCCUUCGACUUGGGCCUCAUUUCCUCGUUGCAUACGAUCAAUUCAGUCUUCUCAAUUUUCCCAUCUUGUGUUAUGGAGAAUCAAACUAGCCCGUAUAUUGAUGAAGUAAAAGUUCAGCAAGCUCCAAGUUCGCCUCCGCCUCCUUCACCUCCUCCACCACCUUCUCCACCACCUCCUCCUCCUCCUGCUCCGCGUUUUGCUUAUUUGAUAUCUGGAUCAAAAGGUGAACUAGAUCAGCUUUGGAGAACGCUGAAAUCGAUAUAUCAUCCGUGGAAUUACUACAUUGUUCAUCUGGACUUAAAAUCAGCAGCAGAGGAGAGACUAGAGCUUGCUUCAAGAAUUGCAAACGAACCUGUUUUUGCCAAGAUUGGAAAUGUGCACAUGAUUACGAAAGCAAACAUGGUGACAUACCGGGGUCCAACCAUGGUCUCUAACACUCUACACGCCGCCUCUAUUCUCUUGAAGAAGUAUACUGAUUGGGAUUGGUUUAUUAACCUGAGUGCUUCUGACUAUCCCCUGCUAACUCAAGAUGAUCUUCUCUACGCGUUUUCUCAAUUAAAACGUGACUUAAACUUCAUUGAACACACAAGCCGGUUGAGAUGGAAAGAGUCGGAAAGGGCAAUGCCGCUUAUCAUAGACCCCGGGCUGUAUCAGAAUACUAAGUCUGAUAUAUUUUGGGUUGCACCAAGGAGAACUCUUCCCACAGCCUUUAAACUCUUUACUGGCUCAGCUUGGACGGUGUUGUCACGCGCGUUUAUAGAGUAUUGCAUAUGGGGUUGGGAUAAUCUUCCAAGGACUCUACUUAUGUACUACUCGAAUUUCGUGUCCUCUCCAGAAGGCUAUUUUCAAACUGUUAUAUGCAAUGCCCCUGAGUUUUCAUCAACUGUUAUUAACCAUGACUUACACUAUAUCUCUUGGGAUGUUCCUCCAAAACAACAUCCACACAUUCUAUCACUCAAUGACAUUGGACAAAUGAUAGCAAGUGGCGCUGCAUUUGCGCGAAAAUUCAAGAAUGAUGAUCUGGUUAUGGACAAGAUUGAUCAAGAGUUUCUACACAGGGGGAAUGGUAGCUUCACCCUGGGUGGUUGGUGCACGGGAAAUCCACCUUGUUCAAAAGUUGGGAACCCGAAAAAGCUUAGACCCGGGCCAGGAGCUCAAAGGCUACGACGUCUCAUCGAUAGAUUAGUUGAUACAGCUAGUCAGAAUCAAUGUAAGUAGACUUUUUUUUCCUGUAUCGUUCCA